AUGAGAAUUAUUUUGGGAGUUUUCGCCGUAAUUUUCAUAAUUACAUCAGUUAUCGGAUCAUUUGCUAUUUGGAAGGACAACAAAUAUAAUGUAUGCGCUGUUGAUGCUAUUGUUAUAUUCGCACUUGGCUUAUCAGUUGUAUUUUUCCAAAUUAUCAGAUCUCAUUACAGAGUUGACUUUGAAUCAUUGAUUGUAACUAUCUUUUCAUGCGCAGUACUAUAUGGUUUUGCAUUUUACCUAGAAUCUACUGAAGGAUAUUCACUAUUGGACUUUAUUUAUGCUCCUUGUGGAAUUCUUCUUUGUCUUUUUGUAGUUUAUAGAUAUUUCGACGGCGGAGGAAUAUCUACUAUUAUUCAAUCUGUUAUUUCUGUUGUUUUAUUCGCUGGAAUUACUGUUUUUCACUUUGUUAGGAGUGGAGGUGUUCCAUCAUUCAUUGCAGGUAUCAUUCUUAGUAUAUACAUAUGUUGUAUUCUUUAUUGCUUGCUUUCUCUUUAUUCUUCAAAGAAAGGAAGAAAAAUUGCAAUUUCAAAUUUCUUCUUCCCAGUUUUCCACUACGAAAACAGACAUCUACAGUCUAUUCCUAUGCUUGGAAUGUGCUUUGGAUACAUGUUUUGGGUUCCUUUGAUCUUUGGAACAGUUUUAAUAACUUAUUUCACAGAACCAUAUUGGGGAUUCGUAUUAGAAUGUUGCGCAUUCAUUGUUCCUUUCUUCAUUGCUUACAGAUUUAUGAUUACAAUUGAUAAUGAAAGUAUUGAUUCUUUCUCUUAUGUCAAAUCGAGAAAUUCAAUAGAUUCAACAAUUGCUAAUGCAAUGCAAGCAGCAGAAACAGAUUAUCAUCACAACAGUGACUCAACAAAGUUUUAUAAUUAUGAUGAUUUCAUCACUUUCAUUGAAAACGAUGAAAACGCAAACCGCCAAAAGUCUCUAUUUUAUUCUGCAUUCAGAACACAGCUAAUUAUCAUUUCUGACAUAAUAACGAUAAAGAAUAUGAGACAAAUUUCAUCCUACAUUGAUUCUUUGGGUUCCAAAUGGAAAUUCAUGGAUGAUGCAGUUAAAAAGCGUAUUCUUCCUCCAUUAGAAAUGAGAAAACAGAUUGCAGCAACAGUAGAAAUCAUUGAAGAUUUGACAGAAACCGAUGAAACUCAAAUUAGACAACUGAUUUCGGAUGUUGUUAAAAGAGGUGAAAAGAUCAAUGGUUACGUAUUAAAAUACUUAAGGCAAUUCACUCCAACGGCUGUCAAUUCUUACUAUGCAAAUGCAUAUAAGAAUUUAACUGCAGAAAACAACAAAAUGAGAUUUGUUGAUUCAUAUUUCGCUCCUGGAGGAGAACCAGCACAAAUCGAUACAGACAUUUUAGCUAAAGUGAAGUUCUACAGAGCGGAAGAUUUGUAUACAGGAGAAUUCAGUAAAGGAACUAAAGAAGACAUCAAAUCAGGAAAUGGAACAAUAAAUGAUGAUGCGAUUGCAAGUGUUUUAAUUGCAGUACAAAACAAACCAGAUUUGGAUUUAGAUAGAUUCUUUUCAACACCUUUGUUGAGAGAAAAAGGUUUGUAUAUGAUAAAAUUCAACUACAAAGGAACAAAAGCACAGGUAAUUAUCGAUUCUUCAGUUCCUUACGUUGAAAGAGAUUCAUUAUUAUUAGAGCCAACAAAAAGAGCAUCUUCUACUUUUUGGUUUUCGCUUAUUGAAAAAGCGAUUGCAAAAAUGUUUGGAAGUUACGCUCAAUUAGAUAAUUGUGGGCUUCCUUCUGAUAUUAUUCCUUUGUUUGAGAAAGGAGUUUUGAGAUGCUAUUACAUGCAAACAGAUGAAAUUAGAGAAAUUGCAGAAACAGGAAUUUUAUUCAACCAAAUUUACAAUGCAAUUAAUAACGGAGGAAUUGCUUGUGCAACAAGAGUAACUGCUGAAGGAAUAUCUAAUUAUGCUAUUACAAAUUGUAUUUAUGAAUCAGAUUCAACGGAAUCUCUUGUUUUAAAGGGAAUGAAAAAAUACAAAGGAAAAACGGAAUUCAAAGUUUCUCUUGAUACUUUCCUUUCUGAUUUCAGAUUUGUUUAUACAAUUAAUGAUUAUCCAACUUGGUAUUUGUAUGAACUUAAGUUCUCUUUCAGUGCACAAGAAGAGAAAGAAGUUGAUCCUUAUGAUGAAUCGAAAGAAUCUUUGUUGGAAGUUCCAAACAUCGCAAUCAGAUGCAUUAAAAAUGAUAAUCAUCUUUUGAUCGGUUGUCAACACCAAUUCCCUGGAUCCCCUGUCAGUGCUUAUCUUGUUUAUAACUAUGGAAGACCGAUUGACAGAAUUUAUGUCGGAAGAGAUUACAGAUCGUUUGAAUUUAAGGCGGAAGAAUACUGUGCAGGCACAACUCCGUUUGCAGAAUGGGAUAUUAAGAAGAAGAAGAUGCCAUGGACUCUUGCUCUUGUAAGAAAGUCCCUUAUGGUAGAUAGUCACUGCUUAUUCAGAAUUUGGUCUCAAAAUCAACUUGAGUUUUCCCUUCUUGAGACCGGAACAAUUCAUAAUACAACGGCUGAAAUUCACACGCACGAACCACAUCAGUAA